AUGGUGUCCGCUGAAGAUCUUCGUGUGAAGAAGUCUCCCUCUCCACAUGCAAGAAGACUAAAAGAAGUUGUACAUGGUAAGACCUCUAACCCUUCGUCUUCUAUUGAUCUUGAGAACCUGACGAAGGAAGGAUCACAAUAUGCUCAUCAGGCUAUUGCUAAGAUAGUCACUAGAAUCUUGGAUGAACAUCGUCAAGUUCCUGGGAUUUAUGUACCUCUCCAAACUGUGAUUCCUGACUCCACUCUGAACCCUAAACCAAAUGUUGUUCAAGAAGAUGAAGAUGUGGGUAUGGAUGCUGAUGAGGUGCAUGGAAAGAAUGAUGAUGUAAGCAUAUCUGAUGAGGAUGUUCAGAUGAAUGACGAAGAAAAGAAUGAUGAACCUGCUGAUGUUGCUCAGGAUGUCACUAACAACACUGAGAAUCCUGGUGUUCAAAGAAAUGAUGAAGUUGUUAUUGUUACUCAGGAUGUCACUUACAACACUGAGGAUGGUCAUAAUGUUGAUUCAGGUAAAAAUGUUGUUGAUCUUGAUAAUUACUCUGAUAAUGAACUGGUUACAAAUGUGAACCCUAGCAUAGCCAAACGACUCAUGACAAGGAAGGGUAAGAAAGUUAUUGAUCAGAGUCCUCGCAAGAGGAAAGUUCCAAAGAGUACCUCAACUGGACCCAUCAGAAGUAAAGUUGUGUCCAAGAGUACCUCCACUGGUCCUAGAAAGAGUAAGGUUGUGCCUAAGAGCACCUCUGUUGGACCUACUAAAUCUUGGAGCAAGGUUGUUCCCAAGAAGAGAAAGGCUAGAGUUAUUGAAGAAUCAGAUUCUGAUGUUGAAGUGGAUGUCCAAGACAUUCCAUUGAAGAAGCCUACCACUAGCAAGCUUGCUGCUAGUGUGCUAGAGGUUCCUAUAGAUAAUGUCUCUUUCCACUAUCCUGCAAGUGUCAACAGAUGGAAGUAUGUGUACCAAAAGAGAUUGGCUAUGGAGAGGGAAUUAGCUCAAAAUGCCCUUGAUUACAAGGAGAUUAUGGAACUGAUUCAUGAAGCAGGAUUGAUGAAAACUGUAACUCACUUCUCCAAGUGCUAUGAGAUGUUGGUUAAAGAGUUUAUAAUAAACUUGUCAGAGGACUGUGCAGAUAGGAAAUCCAACGAUUUUAAAAAGGUGUAUGUGAGAGGAAAGUGUGUCACAUUCUCUUCAACAAUAAUCAAUAAUUUUCUUGGUAGGUCAGAUGAAGCUCAACCUAAGCUGGAAGUUUCUGACAACAAAGUGUGUCAGGUGAUUACUGCUAAGCAAGUGAAAAGCUGGCCCCUCAAAGGGAAAUUAACUGCUAGCAAGCUAAGCAUCAAGUAUGCCAUGCUUCACAAGAUAGGAGCUGCUAACUGGGUGCCUACUAAUCACAAGUCAACUGUCUCUACUGUCCUUGGAAAGUUCCUGUAUACUGUGGGAACAAAGGCUAAGUUUGAUUAUGGAACUUAUAUUUUUGACCAAACGAUGAAACAUGCAUGCAGUUUCAGUGUUAAGGGUCCAAUUGCCUUUCCUUCCCUUAUUUGUGGAAUAAUCUUGAACCAGUAUCCCAGCAUUCUCAAUGAAAAUGACUCUGCCUGCAAGAGAGAAAGCUCAUUGGCAUUCCACUAUAAAUUGUUUCAAGGAACACAUGUCCCAGACAUUGUUAUGACUUCUAUAGAGACAUCCAAAAGUAGCUCAUCUUCUAGUAAAGCUAAAGUCAUUGCUAUGCUCAGAGAGACUUGCAAAGAACUGGAUGCUAGGAAGGUGACUAUAGAGAAGAUGAUCAGCACACUAGAGAUGGAUGAAAAUGAUGAUUUUGCUAGCGUUGCAGAGACAGAAGGUCAAGAAGAUAAAGAUGAACAGCAAGAUGGAAGUGAUUAUGAUGAAGAGGUGGAAAAAGAAGAGGCCAGUCCAGCUGAUGGCACAGAUGAAGAAGGUGAUAAAGACAGCUCUGGUGGCUCUGAAUCUGAAGACUAG